AUGGGCGUUAUUUUGGUUUUAUGGUCGUCUAUCCUUGCGCUGAGAACGUUACCACCCUUUGUCCAUUUUCGCGUGCCUUGGAAAGAAGAACAUUACAGCGAGGUUUCGUGUUCUACCAAGAACUCUACAAGGUCCUUCUCUCCCUCAUCGACACAGUUGGGUAUCGCUUCUCACGUGUAUCUCAUAUCUCUGCCUUGGCGACAAGACCGGCGACAACAAAUGGAACAUUUGCAAGCAUCCAAAGAAAUCAAUUGGACGGUUGUUGAUGCACUCGACCCUUCAGAUAUUACUAUCGGUCGUAUCUUCGAGCGGAUCGUCUCUCAACGUUCGAUGCGGCCCUCCAAAGAACACUGGAACGACUUGGGAUUAGUCUUCCGUUGGCCCGCUGAUGUCAACGCCAUUGCUGCUUCUACAGAGGACUUUGGAGCUUCUGGAUCCGACCUCUGGACCUCUUCUGCGGACACUCAAAAUAGCCGACAUACUACCUUGUCCUCUCUUGGUGUUUCGCAACACCCGAACGUCACGUGCGCAACUCAAGAUCACUCUGUACCGUCUUUCAGCCCUAGCCUCCCGGACUGGAUGAUCCUCACUGCGCCAAAGAUCUCUUGCUGGUAUUCCCAUAUCUCUGCCGUUCGACAAUUCAUUGAUAGAGUGAAUACCACUCCCGAGGAUGUCGCCGUUUUCUUGGAAGACGAUAUCGAUAUGGAAAAGGACAUCGAAAUAAGAAUGCAUCACAUCUGGCCCUCUCUCCCACAUGGCUGGGACAUGGUUUUUCUGGGUCACUGCUGGUCAAACGAAUCUUUCUAUCCUGCACUUCCAUCGUCUCAGGUCAUGUCUCCGUUAUAUGACCUGUCAACACGGUCACACAUACACCCAUCUUACUCUCCACGUUGUACUCAUGCUUACGCCCUUUCCCUGUCCGGUGCUCGACGUCUUCUGCAGCAUCUUCGCUACCCGCCAUUCGCGUAUUCCAGAGCUCUUGAUCAAGCUUUCAGUUGGCUUAUCGAAAGUGGCCGAUUACGUGCUUUCAGCAUCGUUCCAAGCGUCGUUAUCCAGCGUAAGGUCCUGUCGAGCGACAUAUUUCCAGGAUCCAGUGUGGGGAGUGCGUGGAGAGAGCAUUUAGUGUACGGUGUGUUCGGAACAUAG